GAAGAAGAUAAUGAUGGACGAGGAAGAACAACAUGUGGGCAUGCGCGUGACCUGUGAUGGACACCGAGGAACUGUGCGAUAUAUGGGCCCGGUUCCGCCCACAACAGGCGUGUGGCUGGGAGUGGAGUGGGAUCAUCCGGAGAGAGGGAAGCACGAUGGGAGCCAUGAAGGAGUGCGGUUCUUCACCUGCAGACACCGGACCGGCGGCUCGUUCGUGCGGCCCGCUAAGGCCCGGUUCGGGGUGGAUUACGUGACGGCUCUGAAGCGCCGCUACGAGGAGGAGCUCGAAGACAUGAAGAUCUCCAGCAAGACCGUCCUGAUGGUCGGGCUCGAGCGAGUGCGGCUCAAACAGAGGGUGGAUCAGCUGACAGAAGUGUCCUCUGAGGAGAUGCGAGGUGUCCGGGCCCGGCCCACAGAACCAGGUCAGGAACACCACGCCACGAUAUCCUUCCCUGAGCACCGGCUCACAGAGCUGUCAGUUAAAGGCGGCGGGCGCCGGCCAGAUGUGGAGUCUCUGGAUCUGUCGGGGAAUCUGCUCGCCUCAUGGGAGGUUCUGGCGGCCAUUACGGCUCAGCUGGUCCUGCGGGAGCUGCAGAUCAGUCACAAUAGAUUGAGUUUCUCCAGUGACCCGAGUCUCUUAAGCCCCGCCUUCUCCUGUCUGAGACUGCUGUCCACUCAACAGCUGCGCACUCACCUGGACUCAGGUGAGGUGAGGUGUGUGUGUGUGUGUUGUGUGUGUGUGUGUGUCUGUCUGAGACUGUUGUCACUCAACAGCUGCGCACUCACCUGGACUCAGGUUCUCCAGUGCGCCCCCAUGUGGCAGCAGUUAGAGGAGCUCUAUCUCUCUGAUAACGACAUCACAGAGUUAACGAGACCUGAUGCUGUGCUGCAGAAUCUCAGAGUUCUGGAUUUAUCCAACAACCCGAUCCUGGAGGAGACGCUUCUGGAGCUCUCACACUUACCCUGGUUGGAGAAGCUGAAUCUGUCCAGCACUGGUUUCUCAGCGGUUCAGUUCAGUGACGCGUCAGCAGGCGACGAGACGACGGCGUUUCCGGCACUGAAGACUCUGUUAUUAGACGACAACAACAUCUCAGAGUGGUGUGUGGUGAACGAGCUGGAGAAGCUGCGUUCUCUUCUUCAUCUGUCGUGUCGCAGGAAUCCUCUGCUUCAGAAAGAGAAGAAUCCGGAAACUGCUCGUCAGAUCAUCAUCGCUCGGCUGGGACGCCUGACGCUGCUGGACAUGAGAAAGGUGGAGAGUGACGAGAGGCGGGGAGCGGAGCUGGAUUACUGUAAGAUGUUCGGGUCGGCGUGGCUUCGGGCCGGAGGUCUCAGUGACCCGGAGAAGCCGAACACACACUUCCUGAUGGAUCACCCACGCUUCCUCACGCUCAUACACAAGUACGGCGCUCCAGACGAGGGCGAGCUCAGAGAACAGAAACCGUUUGCUCUGAAACACCAGUUAUUAACCGUAACCUUCCUGUGCCCAGAGGAUGCUGGGAGGAAGCCCAUCCAGAAGAAGCUGCCAGAGUCGAUGAUCGUUCAGAAGGUGAAGGGGCUUUUACACCGACAGCUCAAACUCCCAGCAGUCCGACUGAAGCUCAGCUACACCUGCGCAAAGUUGGCGGGUCGAGAGAUUGAGAUUGACAACGAUCUGAAGCCGCUGCAGUUUUACUCCGUGGAGGACGGCGACAGCAUCCUGGUGCGCUGGAGCUGAGGAGCCGCAGGGCAUUCUGGGACGCUGGAGCUGAGGAGCCGCAGGGCAUUCUGGGACGCUGGAGGCUUAUAGGCUGAGAUCUGAAGAGCUGAGCAGCGAAACGCAAGAAAACGCCUCCAUAUCUGUGAAAAACUCAUCAUCAACUCUAUAACAGCAGAAACUCUUGAGUCUGAGAUCCUUCAGAGUCUGUGCGGAUCAACACACACACACACACACACACACACUUUCUCACACACA